AAAAAAUUAUACUCUCUGGUUGGUAUCCAAUUCAUAUUUUAAUAUCAGGUACACUCGUAGAGUGUGAUAUCACCGACCGUGCACAGUGUACGAGUGUAGGCAAUUCUAACGCUCAUGACUAAUUACGUAAUUUUUUUUUCGUCUGUCAAUAUUAUUAACAUAACAAAAACGUUUGUUUUAUUACCGAAUAGAUUAUUUUCAAACGGUCAGUUUUACAGUUUUUAAUAUUUCCAUGUUACUAUCAUGAAAAAAUUUUAUCUAACAGUUUUAAUUCUAUAUUUAUCGAAUCAUCUGUAUCAGUGUUCUGGUAAUGAUGACUUUGUUGAUCCGUUGGAUAUGCUCAACUAUGAUCGGGGUACAAAGUCGAUGAAAAGACCCAAGACAAAAUCGGGCCAUGAACCUGUGCAAAUAAAUGACCGUUGUACAGUGUUUCUGUCAAGAUUUAUUAAUUUAUUGCUAAAAACUACUGGGCUAGAUGUAAAUUACUUUUAAAAUUUACCCAGGUAACAAAUUGUACCUAAUACCAUAUUCUAUUUCAUUCAUAUUCUAGAAUGUGGAUCGUCAAUCAAAUGACGACAUUAAUGAAGCACUGGAACUGAAUUCUUAUGCUUCAGUAACCAUUAGUGUUGGAGAUCUACGUGCAUUAAAAAACAUGGCCACAAAAAAAGAUAUAGAGUAUGAACAAAUUGAUAGAAUAUUAAACACAAUGUUUGCUCCAAUAAAAAAAAACGAUUUUCCGGAGUUUCAACAAACAAAUGAAUUUAUAGGAAUGAACAUAGAGGUAAUUAAAAUUUUUGAAAUAAAACAAAAUUUGUUUAUAAUAAUUGUUUACCUAAUAUAUCUAUUUAUAUUGUUUUUUUUUUUUACUUAUUCAUUUGAAUAUUUAGUAAUUAAUUAAAUAAUUGUGCAUAUAAUAAUGAUUUUAAGUUAUUAUAAAUGUAAGUUAGGAACAUUAGUUACAUGAUCUGUCAUUAUACAUUUUUUGUCACUUCAUUGUGCAGCAUAUACACUUAAAAUGUUUAAGAGGAUAAAUUUGCAUGUUUCAAAAUUAUUUUUGUACUUCUAGUGAUUUUGACUACCUUAGAUGCACAAAUUGGUUAUCUCAAUUAUUGAAAUAUUUCCAUGACUAUCUAGUACUUAUAAUCUUCUGGGGUGUUUCGAAAACCACAAUUAAAAAAAAAAAAAAAAAAAAAAAAAAAAAUGAACAUUCAUAUUUUUAUCCAUUAGAUACUUAUAUUUAUUAGGUAUUUAUAUAUUAUGUUUAUAAAACAUUUUUUUAAUUUAUUAGGUAAUAUUAAAAAAACAUUUAAAAAUUGUGAAAAAUGGUUAAAUAGUUAAAAUUUAUAGUCAAUAUUUUUUUUUUGUAGAGGAAAUAAUUCUUGAAAAUGAAUUUUUUGUCAAAAUUUCAACAUAGAAAUUUAGUUAGUUAUGAAUCUAAAUGAUAACAAUCUGUUUACUUCUGUUUUUGGAUUCCCCGCUUUGCUUGCUGAUCCCCAAAGGUGUUUAAUUGUUCAAUUAUCAGGUUACACGAGGUAGUCUCGGAAAUAUUUAAGUAGUUGAAGUAACCCAAAAAUAUCAAUAUUUUAAAUUAUAAUCAAAGUUUUUAUAUUUAUAAAGAAAUAAUUUAUAUUAUAUUAUUAAAAUAAUUUUGUUUUAGAUUAAAGAAAUAUUAUAUUGGAUUUCAAUUGGUUGUAUUCUAAUUUGCUUGCUAUACACGGUUUAUCAUUACUUUUUCAAUUUGUUCAGUAUAUCAUCAGGUAUAUUUAUAUUUUUUAUGCUCGCAUUUGCUUCAACGUGGUAUACUAUGUAUAUGGUAAGAAAAAUAUUAUUUUUAAUUUAUUAUUAUAUAUAUGUAUAUAAAAAAAAAGUCAACUUUUAAUCCGAAGCACCCACAUGUUUUUUUAGACAUACCUAUAGUAGCAUUUCCCCAAAUUUUUAAAUAUCUAUUUAAAUUAGAAAUCAGUGCUCACCCACUUCCAAAAAUUACAUUUUUUCUAGAUUUUGUGACUAUGUAAUAUAGAAAAACAAGUAUGUAUCAUUCUUUAUUACAAUCAAGUUGUUAACACAUAUUGUAAAACAAAAUAUAAAAUGAAAUAUUACCUUACUGGUGGAUAUCAGAUGGACCCCCACUUAUAGGGUAUUCUUCACCGCUAUAUAUUAUUACCUACAACUUAACAACUUAAUACUGAAGAAAUUUUACCCCCACUAUCCCCCUUCCCUCCUGUUGAUUUAAUAUUCACUCCCCUCAGAACUUUGAUGUAUCUGCCACUGUAUCAACUUUAGGGUAUUAAAAAUAAUUAAUUGUUUUUAUGUUUUUAGAAAGCGGAAAUUAGUCGUAGUGUUCAUUUGGAAUAUAUGCCUACUCAUUGUAAAAAAACAGAACAUUGGUUUUCUUGGUUAAUGAACAAACCAAAUUUAGGUAAUGUGAUUAUUGUUUUUCAGUGUGAUCGUAAUAAAAUUACAACUUUCCAUUUCUUUAUUUAGAUGAGUGCAAGGCAUACAAAGAAGCAGUUCAUUUAAAUCCUAUGUAUUCUAUUGCAAUAACAGAAGUUUUUGCUGAAAUGCUCAGUAAAAUUAUGGUGAAACCAAUAGAAUCCUUGGGAGAAGCUGUUUAUAGUUUUAAUAAUUCAGUAUUCAGUAAGUAAAAAAUACAUUUUAUUAGUAUAAUUAUGAAAAUUGAUAAUGCCUGAAUUAUAAAAAUCCAUUUGAAAUUUCCAGUGGCAAUGAUGUUGUGAUCUUAUGCAUAUUAAAUUUAAUUUUAAAAAUUAGAAUUACUCAGUCGGUGUUUUAGUUUUCUAUUAAGAUAAUAUAGAAAUUGGGCUUUUAACACAGUAAAACUCGGUUAUAACAGAUAUUGGUUGUUCAUCAAAAGUAUCCAUUAUAUAUAAGCAUUUAUUGUCGAAAGGUUCUAGUGUUUUUAUAGCCAUAAAUUGAUUGAUUUGGCUAAUUGUGUUUUCUUGAUGUCAAAGUUUUCAGUGAGCUUACUAAUAAACAAGACACUAGUGCAUUAGUAUUAUAAUUUAUACAUUUUGCUUUAAAUCAAAAGAUUUCCACAAUACAGUUGGUGCAAUUGAAAAAAAAAUCAGCCAACUCUGAAAAAGUACAAUAGAUGGUUUCUAGUUAAAAUAGGAUAACACAGAUAUUAAUAUAUUUUAUCUAUAUUCACUACAGCAUAAAUGUUUUGGUUUUUAGUAAUAUAAAUGUUAUCAGGUGGAUGCGUAAUUUGUUGGUUUUCUUGGUUUUACUAUAGCUUUGUUAUCAUGCCUACGGGGAAAAAUAUUACUGUUCGAUUCUGCUAUAGACUUUUUGAAACUUAUUGUAAUACUUAUCUUUUUGCUGAGACUAUUAUUUAAUUCAUUGUAUGUAUAUGCUUGUAAAGACAUGUUUUAUUGUUUUUUAAAUUUAUAUUUAUAUUUAUUUUUCAACUUUCUCUUUGAAAAUUAUAUCACUACAUAAUACACAAUAUAUACAACUCUUCUGAUUCUUUACCUAUACUAAUUAUAUUAAUUUAACAUUAUUUGCAUUGUUAUUAUUUUUGUUCUCAGAGGAUUAUCCAAUGUGGGCCAAAUUUAUUAUAGUUCCUAUUGUUAUUGUUAUUAUCAUUAAAACAAUGUUGGUAUCAUUGGCAUUAUUAGUCGGUAGAUAUGUGUCUAUGAAAUCUAUUUUUGGAUACGGAAGUACAACUAUUGGUCCAGAACAAACUCACUCUGAUAGAUUUACUACAAGUAGUAAAAUUGAUAACAAUAUUCGUUCAACUGCAUCGGGACAACAUACGUUUGCACAAAUGCCUGAUAUACCGAAAGUUAAUUUCAAUAUAAAUUUCUUCCAUCCAAGUUCGGAUAAUAUGGAUAAUAGAAUUAAAUGUAACAAUAAUCAAUUUAAAUUAAAUUUUAAGAAAAAUGAAAGUAAUUUUAUAUCAAUGCUAAAGAAUGAAGAUAAUGAUAGUGUUGAUAAUACAAGUGUUAAUGACUUAAGAUUAAACAAACCAAGAUCUAGAACAUUGUCUAUUUGAUCAGGUUGAUCUGAUUUUUAUAUUUCUAUAUAUUUGUCAUUUUUUUUAUAAACUUUCACCUUUUUUUCAUAUGUUUAUUAUAAUUUUGUUUAAUGUGUAUUAAUACUUAUGUAAAGGGUAUUAAAGACUGAAAUCACUGACAUAUUUUUAUGUAGUAGGUCAAUGGAAUUCUCGUAUUACACACAAUUUAAUAAAUAUGUUAGAAUUCUAUAGAAUAUCCCUUCAUAAUAUUACCUCACAAAAUACAUUUUAAUAUUUUCUAUUACAUUAUAAUAGAUGUACUUAAAAAUCGAUAUUAAGUUUAGAUUAGAUGUUUGUUUUUUUUUUUUGUCCAAGAUAAAUUUUAAUAAAUAUUUUGAAUAUUAUAAUUGGAAGGCAUUUUACAUAUAAGGCUUUUAUUAUUUUCCAGAUCAGUAAUUAUAAUUUUAAAAAUAACAUUAAAUUAUUUCUAUUAUACAUAUAGUGUGUAAUGUUUCAUAUUGAAAUACUUUUAAUAAUGUAAUUUUGUAUAUGAAAAAUUGUAUUUUCUUAUAGGUAUUGAGAUAUUGUACAGAAUAAUAAAUAUAAUUAUUUAAUUAUAUUACCUAAGUGACUUGUGUUAUAAUAUUGUAUAAUUAUUUUAAAUUUAGAACGGCCAGGUUUUUAAUUGCACA